GGGGUGAUGCAAUGGUGGUGACAGAGGAGCGGCGGGAGGAAGAACAGUGUUCAGGAAUUUCUCUUUGUUUCUGCUGUUUUGAAUCUCCAAGCCAAAGAGUUGGAAGAGGAUAAAUUCAGUUGAGUUGUGCCUUGGAUCUUUGUGCAGUCUGGCAAAAUGGCCGGCAGCCCGAACUGUGAUUUGAAGUCUCUGAGUCCACUUCAGCUGUUUGAAAGAGUGACUGAACAAGGAGAGAAAGUCAGAGCACUGAAAGCAGGAAAAGCACCAAAGGAUGAAAUUGAUGCAGCAGUGAGGAUGCUCUUGUCAUUAAAACUGUCAUAUAAAACAACAACAGGACAAGAUUAUCAGGCAGGCUUGCCUCCAAAAGAUCUUGUAUUAAUAAACAAUGGUACGACUAAAGAAGAGGAUGAGGAUUUAGUGGAUCCCUGGAAUGUGCAGACAUCAAAUGCUAAAGGCGUGGAUUAUGACAAGCUCAUAGUUCGGUUUGGCAGCAGUAAAAUUGACACAGAUCUGAUUAAUCGAAUAGAAAGAGCUAUUGGGCAAAAACCUCACCACUUUCUACGUAGAGGAAUCUUUUUUUCCCACAGAGAUAUGGACCAAGUACUUGAUGCUUAUGAAAAUAAGAAGCCCUUUUACCUUUAUACAGGCAGAGGCCCAUCCUCUCAGGCAAUGCACGUUGGUCAUCUUAUCCCAUUUAUGUUCACAAAGUGGCUGCAAGAAGUAUUUGAUGUUCCCUUGGUAAUACAGUUAACUGAUGAUGAGAAAUACCUUUGGAAAGACAUGACAAUUGAGAAGGCAUAUGAAUAUGCUAGAGAAAAUGCAAAAGACAUCAUUGCGUGUGGUUUUGACGUCAAUAAAACCUUUAUAUUUUCGGAUUUAGAUUAUUUAGGGACAAGUGCUGGAUUCUACAAAAACAUUGUCAAAGUUCAGAAGCAUGUCACAUUUAACCAAGUGAAAGGAAUCUUUGGCUUUACAGACAGUGAUUGCAUUGGUAAGAUCAGCUUUCCUGCUAUCCAAGCUGCUCCAUCCUUCAGUUCAUCAUUUCCACAGAUAUUCAAUGGCAAGGAGAAUAUUCAGUGUCUUAUCCCAUGUGCUAUUGACCAGGAUCCUUAUUUUAGAAUGACCCGUGACGUAGCACCAAGAAUUGGACAGCCUAAACCAGCCUUACUCCACUCAGUCUUCUUCCCAGCCCUACAAGGAGCACAGACCAAAAUGAGUGCUAGUGACCCAAACUCCUCCAUCUUUCUCACUGAUACACCCAAACAAAUCAAGACAAAGAUUAACAAGCACGCCUUCUCGGGAGGCAGGGACACCAUUGAAGAGCACAGGAAGUACGGAGGCAACUGUGACAUUGAUGUGUCUGUUAUGUACCUGACUUUCUUCCUGGAGGAUGAUGACAGGCUCGAGCAAUUGAAGCAGGCCUACAGCAGUGGGGAAUUGCUCACAGGGGAGCUGAAGAAGGUACUUAUUGAAACAAUGCAGCCCUUGGUAGCAGCUCAUCAAGAAAGAAGGAAGCAGGUCACAGAUGAAAUUGUGAAGCAGUUCAUGACUCCAAGGAAGCUGGCUUUUGAAUUUUGAAGAAAUGUACAUGUAACUUAGCACCUGAUAAUCCACAACCUAGUAAUUGUUGUCUUCUGUUGUAUGUCAUCACUCCCCAGUUAUAUACAGCCUAUAAUCGGUGUUUUAUAAAUAAUGAGUAAAUUAUCAUGAACAGCAAAGUACAGAAAGUUUUAAAAAGGACUUGUAUCUAUUUAAAAUCUAAGUAUGCAAGACAGAAUUGGUCAGUCUUGCAGAAAAGCAUGUAUGUCAGCCCAGCACUGUAUUUUAACGUAUUUCAUGUUGAAAAUAUAAAUAAAAUUUCCAUUUGAUGAUAAAGGCUAACUUGGAAAUUGUUUUAAAUAUGUUGAUACGAGGUCAUGUCUCAAAGCAAUAAAUAGUAGCUCCAUUUUCUUUUGUACUAUGUACAUUG